AUGUUUGAGAGUCCAGGAAGACAGGCACAGAGUGUGGUAACCGAUGGCCUGAACUCUGGAGAAGCCAUCGACGAGAAGCAAGAUUGCUAUCAAGGUGAGAGGAAUGCAGCAGUAGAAGCGGUAGGAACUGCACUGAAUGGAUCGAGUGAUAAAUCGCACAUCAGCAAGGAGGGGGGCCGGGGAGGAAGCUCCGGCAACAAGGACAGGAAUUCAGAUAUGGAGCUAAUGAAGGAAAGGUUUUCUAAGUUGCUCUUGGGAGAAGAUAAUUCAGGAGGUGGGAAGGGUGUUUCAUCAGCUUUGGCUCUGUCAAAUGCAAUCACAAAUCUAGCUGCUUCUGUAUUUGGAGAACAACGAAAGCUAGAGCCUAUGGCUGCUGAUAGGAAAGCAAGGUGGAAAAAGGAAAUAGAUUGGCUUUUAUCUGUCACAGAUUACAUUGUUGAACUUGUUCCUUCUCAGCAGAAAUCCAAGGAUGGAACAAAUAUGGAGAUUAUGACAACACAACAAAGAAAAGAUCUGUUCAUGAACAUCCCAGCUUUACGUAAGCUUGACACUAUGCUAAUUGAUUGCCUAGAUAACUUCAAAGACCAGAAUGAAUUCUGGUAUGUCUCAAGGGAUGCUGAUGAUGAGAAAGGCAGCCAGAGAGAUGGCAAAUGGUGGCUGCCUACAGUUAAAGUUCCCCCAAAUGGGCUGUCAGAUGCAUCCAGAAAAUGCCUGCAAUUUCAGAAAGAUUGUGUGAACCAAGUUCUGAAAGCAUCAAUGGCGAUAAAUGCCCAGAUACUAUCAGAAAUGGAGAUCCCUGAGAACUACAUCGAAUCCCUCCCGAAGAACGGUAGAUCAAGCCUUGGUGAUUCAAUAUAUAGGAGCAUUACAGUUGAAUUUUUUGAUCCUGAGGAAUUCCUUUCGAACAUGGAUUUGUCUACAGAGCACAAAGUCCUUGACCUAAAGAACAGAAUCGAGGCUUCUAUUGUGAUUUGGAAGAGGAAGAUGCACCAAAAGGAUGGAAAGUCUUCUUGGGGUUCAGCUAUCAGCAUGGAGAAAAGGGAGCUCUUCGAAGAGAGAGCGGAGACCAUCUUGCUCCUGCUUAAACACCGGUUUCCAGGAAUUCCUCAAUCCUCACUGGACAUAAGUAAAAUCCAAUAUAACCGAGAUAUUGGACAUUCGACUCUAGAAAGCUAUUCUAGGGUACUAGAAAGCUUGGCGAGCACAGUUAUGGCUCGUAUUGAAGAUGUCCUUUAUGCAGACUCACUCACUCAAGAUCCAUCACUGUCAGCAUGCAAAAUGAAGCCCCCAGUGGAGUCCUCGACAAUGGCAGAACCCGGGAACAGCCCGAGCCCCGUUGAAGAUACUGCAGAGACACCAACUUCAAUGACACUAUCUGAUUUCAUGGGGUGGAGUUUAAAUCAAGGCGAUACAGAGAUGAAAAGGACUCAAUCAUCAGGCAACUUAGACAGCUUCAAUGAUGAAAACGAGAAGUUGAGCAAGCAUGAGGUGGCACCAAAGAAGCUUUCAUACAUCGAGAAGCUUGAAGUUCUGGGUGGUCUAAAAAGCCCAAUAUAG